GGCACCGGGGACACAGGCUGAACGUGGGGAUGUGCUGUGCCCUACUGAGCCAGGCUCUGCCUGCUCUGCCGUCUCCCCCACGCUUGGGGUGUCCAGGAACACAGAGCCACCAAGCCUAGUCCAAACUCACUUUCAGUGCUCACCCUUUAUUGUCACGCUUCUAGCUGCUUCAGCCGUGCUCACAUAACAAACCACUGUGGCCACAAUGCGAGUGUUGCUGUGUUGCUGUCUAGCUGGGUCCCACUCUGAAUUCACCCUGCUGUGUGUAUUUCUGUAGUGCCAGGCAGAAUGGAGGUCCUGGAGGAGAAUGAGGAAGUGGAGCAAACAGCAGAAGACCUGAACUCUUUGAACAUCAGUGACAGCCUCCAGGACGAGGAGACAAAGGUGCCUGAGGAGGAAGACAGUGUCUCAAGUGAUGUACCUGGUUUUGACUGGAGCUCCAUUGACACGUCCCACUUACCACCUUCGUACAAGACGAAUUCCCGGCAGGAGAAGAAGCUGCUGCACAUCGCUGACCAUUUCCUCCAGCAGUACACUCACGUCUGCCCUGACCGCAAGCCGCUCUUCCUCCACCCGGUCAACGAGUGUGGCGUGGAGAAGUUUGUUAGCACAACGCUGAGGCCAACCCUGCUGCCUUAUCCAGAGCUCUACCACUGGUCAGGCUGUGCCAGCUUUGUCUCUAAUUACCUCACCAUGGAGCCCCUCAAGUGUCCUAUAUCACUGCCCAGUUCACUCUAUUCCCCAACCACCAUCCUGAAGUACCAGCGGGGGAACUGCUUUGACUUCACUGUGCUGCUGUGCUCCUUGCUGAUCGGGGCCGGCUACGACGCCUACUGCGUGCAUGGGUACGCCACCCAGGAGAUAUGUGCCCUGGACCAGACUCAGGACCUGUGCCCGCUGCUCAAGAAGCCACAGGAGGUACCAGUGAUGAAGAAGUCCAGAAAGUAUAGAGUUAAGAUCCUUGCAGAGCCACAGAGCAAGUUUGAGCUUCAGCAGAAGGCCAAGAAGAAGGAAGAAGCUGAUGAUGUUCAAAAGAAGGAAGAAGAAGAGGAAGUGGUCACGGAGGUACAGGAAAAGCCCAAGCGAGACCCUCUGCAUGGCUUACGGGUGCACGCGUGGGUUUUGGUCCUGUCUGGGAAGAGGAAGGUCCCUGAGACCUUCUUCAUCAAUCCAUUCACGGGAAACAGCCACAGCACCACAGAUGAGUGCUUCCUUGGGAUUGAGAGCAUCUGGAACCACAGGAACUACUGGGUGAACAUGCAGGAUUGCCGGAAGGGCUGCAAGGAUCUCAGCUUUGACUUGAGUGAUGCCAUCCGCUGGGAAAUUAUGCUUCCAGAGAGCAACAAGCAGCUCACAGAGUCAUCUGAGAGAGACAUGGAUGACAUGGAAAAUGAGAGAGACGUGAGUUUUGAGAUGCCGCUAUCGUGGGUGGCCCGAAUUAAUGUGUCUUGCAGAGAAUUUGAGAAUCAGUAUUCCCAAGGGAAGAAGGUGAUCCCAUACAAGCAAGCAAAGCUGGAGAAGUGGGCCCCAUACGUGAAUGGAGAUGGGCUGGUGGAACGACUCACCAUCUACGGAGACUCGGACUGUACUGAAGUAGUGGAGGUGACAGAGUGGUUCAAAAAUCGAGAAGACAUGUUGGAUAUGAGAGAAACGAAUAAACAAACACAGCUGACCACAGACUAUUUCAAGCCAGGACAUCCCCUCCUUCUUAAAGCUCACACCUACACGUCGCUGGAACCAGAGACUGGACACACGAUGGAGUUUUACCACAAGGCACGAGCCGAUGACCUCCGGAAACGCGUUGAAAGCACUACUGAGAUGACCGAGUACUUCGUGGGCCGGGAUGACUUCCUGCACAUCCGGCACGUGGAGUUUGGCGAAAGGGAGAACGGAAUGGGCAUGGCUGGCACCAGACCUGAUCUUCACCUCCGGCCCAUAGUGCAAAUCAAGGAGUGUUUCCACAGAAAUCCAGAAAAGCCUGCUGACGAAGAUGUAGAGGAGCGUAUCUUUAUGAUCAAAGAUGACAGCAUCCAGCUGACUUAUCACCUCGAGGAUCAUGACACCAUUGCCUCGAAGGUGGCUUUCUUCAGAGCAAUACAGAGGGAUAGGAAAGGAGAGGAAAUCUUCCUGACCCGAGACACGUGUGUCAAAUACCAGCCAUGGUCCUCUGAGAAACACAAGAACGUGCUCCACCUGUACAAGUUGCUGUGGGAGCUGAGAAAGGACCAGAAGGAGCUGAAGCACCAAGUCCGGGAAUCUGAAGCAGAGGUGCUAAAUGUCUUGAAGGUUCGUGAGGAUGAAGAGGCCAAUAUUAAAUUGACAGUUUCAAUGUACAACGCUGCAAAGAGAGAAGGUCAGCACGAAGCCAUGGCGCUGCAAAAGCGGCAGAAGAGCUCCCAGAGCUCUCUUCUUUCGGAGAACAGGAACUGGGAGGAGGAUGGAAUCCGUGCCCAUCACGCUGCAACCAACUCCAGUAUGGUCAGACUCAAGAGACACGGCAGGGAAAAGCAGCUGGCACAACAGAAAUCCCAUUCUCUUCAAGAGGCGCUGCUCAGGAAUCCCCGCCUGGCUGGGCACGACUGACUUCUCCCUUCCUUCCUUCUCUCUAGUUGCCUGCAGUUCUCUCGUUAUCAUCAGAUGCAUUAGGAGAUUUUAAUGAACUUGCAGCAUUCUGUGUCUUUUUCUUUUCUCUCUUUUGUUCUAAGGCCCAUCUGCAGGUACAUCUGUUCCCUCGUGAAAUCCCAUCAUGUGGGAGACUCAAGUCUGACACUGUCUCUCAGGGGCUUUUCUUCCCCAAACCUGAUCCAUAGCUGCUGACAUCAGGAGCAGGACU